AUGCCUCAAAACGAUUAUAUUGAAAGGCAUAUCAAACAUUAUGGUCGUAGGUUUGACCAUGAAAAAAGGACUCGUAAGCGUAUGGCAAGGUCUGUUCACAAGGAAAGUCAAAAAUCACAGAGUCUAUGUGGCAUCAAAGCUAAGAUACGAAAUCGCAAGAGAUACACGGAAAAGGUAGAAUUGAAAAGGAAUAUAAAAUCGCUUGCUGAAUCGGAAGGUAAAAUUCAAGUCACUAAAAAUGAUGAGGCACCGAUUCCCGCUUAUUUGCUUGGUAGAAAUGAUGUCAACAGAACAAAGAUUCUUAGUAAUAUGAUUAAACAAAAAAGGAAGGAAAGAGCUGGAAAAUGGCAAGUCCCUUUACCAAAAGUUAAAGCUAUGAGUGAAUAUGAAAUGUUCAGAGUUAUAAAGACAGGAAAGAGAAAGAAGAAAGCCUGGAAACGUUUAAUCGACAAAGCAAGUUUUGUACCUCAAGAUUUCACCCGAAAACCUCCCAAAUUCGAAAGAUUCAUUCGCCCUACUGGACUUCGAUUUAAACGAGCUCAUGUUACGCAUCCAGAACUUAAAACUACAUUCUAUCUCGAUAUUGUUGGAGUUAAAAAGAACCCACAAUCCACCCUAUAUACAUCCCUUGGGAUAAUAACUAAAGGAACAAUUAUUGAAGUAAAUGUUAGUGACCUGGGUCUAGUUACUCAAACUGGAAAUGUAGUUUGGGCUAAAUACGCCCAGGUAACAAAUAAUCCUGACAUUGAUGGAUGCAUAAACGCUGUACUACUGGUAUAA